UGAUGGCGCCGUUCUCUUCCGGGAAAAGAGGAAAGAAGUUGAAAAUGACGAGCAGAGUGAAAGAAGUUGAAAAUGACGAGCAGAGGAAUCAUAUGGUCUUCGCUUAUUAUAUCACCGGUCAUGGUUCGGAUCAUGCCACCCGUGUUGUUGAUGUAUUAUGUCACCUCUCUAUUUCUUCUCCGUCAUCGAUGUGGAUGGAUAGAGCUGGCGAGGCAACGCUUGCGGCAAACUUGGUCGUUCCAGUUUACGUUUUACCCGCAACGUUUUAUGUCCCAUUCUAUCAUUAUCAUUAAUCCCGGAGAUCUCGGCGUUGCCCUGCGCCUCCGUCGUUCUAUUUAUUUUUAUAAUUCUCUCUCCUUCCCUUCAUGUCCUAUACGUUUUAUAUACCAUAUUUUGCCUAAAACUGUUUAAGGUUUUCCGAUAGGGUUUUAGGAUCUUGCUUUCUUCCGAGCAUUUUUUUGUAAUAUAAAAUUUUUAUGAGAGAGCAAUGAGGAUUCCUGAUGGAGAUGAAGGGGUCUCCGCUUCUCGGGAGCACCUCGUCUUUGCCUACUACGUCACCGGCCAUGGGUUCGGCCACGCGACCCGCGUCGUCGAGGUUGUGCGGCAUCUUGUUGCUGCGGGGCAUGAUGUUCAUGUGGUCACAGGUGCUCCGGAUUUUGUCUUCACCACCGAGAUACAGUCUCCCAAUCUCCACAUUCGCAAGGUUUUGUUGGACUGUGGAGCUGUGCAAGCUGAUGCUUUGACAGUGGACCGGCUGGCCUCCUUGGAAAAGUAUCAUCAGACAGCUGUGGUGCCUCGAGCCUCAAUUUUGGAAGCUGAAGUGGAGUGGCUGAACUCGAUCAAGGCUGACUUAGUGGUCUCAGAUGUCGUCCCUGUAGCAUGCCGAGCAGCGGCUGAUGCUGGGAUUCGCUCAGUUUGUGUCACAAAUUUCAGUUGGGAUUUUAUAUAUGCAGAAUAUGUCAUGGCAGCUGGGCAUCAUCAUCGUUCUAUUGUCUGGCAGAUUGCGGAAGAUUACUCUCACUGUGAAUUCUUACUCCGGCUUCCUGGAUAUUGCCCUAUGCCUGCUUUCCAGGAUGUCAUUGAUGUUCCUCUGGUUGUCAGAAGAUUACACAAAUCUCGACUGGAGGUGAGGAAGGAACUUGGAAUUGGGAAUGAUGUGAAAGUAGUUAUUUUCAAUUUUGGAGGACAGCCCGCAGGAUGGAAACUGAAGCUAGAGUGGUUACCAGAUGGUUGGUUAUGUCUGGUCUGUGGUGCAUCUGACAACCAAGAGCUUCCACCAAACUUUGUAAAGCUUGCAAAAGAUGUAUAUACGCCUGACUUAAUUGCAGCAUCUGACUGCAUGCUUGGAAAAAUUGGGUAUGGCACUUUCAGUGAAGCUUUGGCGUACAAGUUGCCAUUUAUCUUUGUGCGCAGAGAUUAUUUUAAUGAAGAACCAUUUUUAAGAAAUAUGCUUGAGUAUUACCAGGGUGGCGUUGAGAUGAUUAGGAGAGAUUUGCUUACUGGACACUGGACUCCAUAUCUUGAGCGUGCCCUUACUCUUAGGCCUUGCUAUGAGGGAGGCAUUAAUGGUGGAGAGGAGGCAGCCUGCAUACUACAGGAUACGGCUACUGGGAAAAAAUAUGCUUCAGAUAAGUUGAGUGGAGCAAGGCGACUGCGUGAUGCCAUAGUGCUUGGAUAUCAACUACAAAGAGCUCCUGGCAGAGAUAUAGGUGUUCCUGAUUGGUAUUCUCUUGCUGAAAAUAAAGUCCGUCUUCGCCCUGAAUUGCCAGAUACUGAGAUGAAUGGGAAUGCCUCUCUUGUGGAAUCAUGCAUUGAGAACUUUGAGAUACUCCAUGGUGAACUGCAUGGUUUGUCCGAUACGGUGGCUUUCCUAGAGAGCCUAUCAGAACUUUAUGGUGGAUCUGAUGUGAAGGACCCUGGGAAGCGCCAAUCAAGGGAAUGGAGUGCUGCUGCAGCACUCUUUAAUUGGGAGGAAGAAAUUUAUGUAGCAAGAGCACCUGGAAGAUUGGAUGUCAUGGGAGGAAUUGCAGAUUAUUCAGGAAGCCUAGUUUUGCAGAUGCCUAUUAGAGAGGCCUGCCAUGUUGCUGUUCAGAAGAACCAUCCGAGCAGGCAAAAACUCUGGAAACAUGCUCAAGCACGUCAGCAGGCAAAAGGACAAGGACCUAUUCCUGUGCUACAAAUUGUGUCAUUUGGUUCUGAGUUAAGUAACCGUGCACCAACCUUUGAUAUGGAUCUAUCAGACUUAAUGGAUGGCGAGCAUCCAAUUUCCUAUCAAAAAGCCCAUGAGUACUUUGCGCGAGAUCCAUCUCAGAAAUGGGCAGCUUAUAUUGCUGGAACAAUUCUUGUCUUGAUGACUGAGCUUGGUGUGCGCUUUGCAGACAGUAUAUGCAUACUGGUCUCUUCUGCUGUUCCAGAAGGCAAAGGUGUUUCUUCUUCGGCAGCAGUGGAAGUAGCCACCAUGUCUGCAAUUGCGGCUGCUCAUGGGUUGAAUAUUGAUCCAAGGGAUCUCGCAUUGCUUUGUCAAAAGGCCGAGAACUAUAUUGUUGGAGCUCCAUGUGGAGUGAUGGACCAAAUGACAUCAGCUUGCGGGGAAGCUAACAAGCUGCUUGCCAUGGUUUGCCAGCCUGCAGAGGUAAAAGAGCUGGUUACGAUUCCAACUCAUAUACGAUUUUGGGGUUUUGAUUCUGGAAUACGGCACUGUGUUGGUGGCACUGAUUAUGGGUCUGUAAGAAUAGGCACCUUCAUGGGGCGUCAGAUGAUAAAAGCUGCUGCCUCUAACCUAUUGUCCCAGUCUUUAGCUAGUGUAAGUACCCCUCAACAAGGGGAUGGAGUGAACUCGGAUGAAUUUGAAGAGCAUGGCAUGGAGCUACUUAAAGCUGAAUCUUCACUGAAUUACUUAUGUAACCUUUCACCACACAGAUAUGAAGCUGUAUAUGCAAAGAACCUUCCUGAGUGCAUAGCGGGAGAGGGAUUUAUAGAUAAAUACACUGAUCACAAUGAUACCGUAACAGUUAUUGAUCCCAAGUGCGCCUAUGCAGUCAAGGCACCUACCAAACAUCCUAUAUAUGAAAAUUUCCGUGUUAUGGCCUUCAAAGCAUUAUUAACCGCAGCCAAAACCGAUGAACAGCUUUCUGCCCUUGGGGAACUUAUGUAUCAGUGCCAUUACAGCUACAAUGACUGUGGAAUUGGCUCGGAUGGGACAGAUAGACUUGUUAACUUGGUGCAAGAAAUGCAGCACAGGAGAUCAUCUAAUGGUCAAAACUCUAGUUUAUUUGGUGCAAAAAUCACUGGUGGAGGCUCUGGUGGCUCAGUUUGUGUAAUCGGAAAGAACUGCAUUAGGAGCAGCGAGGAAAUUCUUGAGAUUCAGCGAAGGUACAAAGCUGCCACUGGCUAUCUGCCCCUCAUUUUUGAGGGCUCGUCACCUGGUGCCGGAAAGUUCGGCUACCUAAGACUGCGACGUCGGGUAUCCUCAGCAGAUGGGAACAUGAAACAAGAGGCCUGAAGCCCCAGUAUGUGUAUGAAGGUUCUCCCACUCAGAAAUAAGAUCUAUGAUCUGACUAUUUUUUUUUUUAAACCUAAAAGAAUCUCUUUCCGUUGGGCUAUAUAGUGCAUUGCCCACACGCGAACAUACAAUCUAUCUUUUUUCUUUCUUUUUUUUUUUUUAUGACCACUAAAAGCAUUUUGGAGUUCAGACUGAGGAAUUGUUCGUAAACUUCCCAAAAACUAUUAUCGGUGCUUGGUGUGCCGGGUUUGGUUAUGACAUGUUCGAAGUUCAAAUACAUGCAGAUAACCCCCGAUGUCAGCUUUCGACCAGUGCCGGCAAGCCAAAUGCUGGGACUAGUCCGAAUAUAGCAAGUCGGUGGUCGUCAAGAAAGAAAGUAUUCCAGCCUGGUCUAGCUCCAGAAUGGCCCCUUCAUUUCAGGCGCUCCAAGUAGGGGUGGUGCUAAACAAUGGAGCAGCUCAAGCUCAGUUGUGGCUCCAUCAAAAAGCUAUCGAUUUAAAACGAAACAAACCAAGUUUGAUCUAGCAAAAUAGGAUCCAAGUUGGUUUCAAGCCAGGCUAACGGUUGAUCCGACGAAUAAAGAUGGAAUUUACUUUUCCGUGAGAUGAGUGUAUAUCUAUUCUGCUCAGCUUCAAAAUCAAUAAUAGAGCAUUCAAAUUGAAGGUC